AUGGAUCUUGUGGCCGGGGCUGUGGGCAGCAUCCUCACCAAGCUCGGCGAGCUCCUGCACGGGGAGUACAAGCUGCAGAAGGGCCUGCCGGAGCAAAUCGAGUAUCUGAAAAAUGAGCUCGAGAGUGCGCACACGGCUCUCUGCAAGGUGGGCGAGACGCCGCCAGAGCAUCUGGAUCGACAGGUCCGGCUGUGGGCUGGCGAUGUCAGAGAGGCGUCCUACGACAUGGAGGACAUCCUCGACACCUUCCUCCUCGAUGUCGUGGAGGGGGCCGCCCCUGCUGAGACUAAAAGCAAGAAAGGCUUGCUUGAACGUCUCAAGAAGAUGGCCAAGUUGUUGAAGGAGAGCAAGGCACGCCACAACAUCGCCCGCGCGAUCGAGGACAUGAAGAAACGACUCCAGGAGGUGUGGGACCGCCGCGAGAGGUACUCCAUACCCGUUGCAGUGCCUGCGCCGGCCACCAAACUGGAUCCUCGCCUUGUGGACAUGCACAAAGAGGCAGCACAGAUUAUCGGGAUCGAGAGGACGAGGGCGGAGCUCAUAGACAUGCUUCAGUCAUCGACCCACGGCCACGGAGAUGCUGGUGCCUCCAGCAGCAGCAACCGGACCAAGAUAGUUUCUGUGGUCGGAGCUGGUGGUUUGGGCAAGACCACUCUUGCCAAGGCGGUUUACGACGAGCUGAGUACGGGAUAUGAUUGUCGAGCCUUUGUUUCGGUUGGCCGCAAUCCUGACCUGGUGCAAGUCUUCACCAGCAUCUUCUUCGGUCUUGACCAAAAUAAGUACCAGGCCAUUCGUGAUAUAAAGGACCUACAACUGCUCAUUGUCGAACUCCGAAAAUUCCUUGAAAACAAAAGGUACUUCAUCGUUAUUGACGACAUAUGGGAUUUGGAAUCUUGGAAAGCAAUAAGAUCAGUUUUGGAUAAGAAGAGUAGCGGAAGCAGAAUAAUCAAAACUACUCGUAAUCGAGAAGUAGCCUGCAACAAUGAAGUUUAUUACAAACUUGAUCCUCUUACAAAUGAUAACUCAAAGAAGCUAUUUUAUAUGAGGCUAUUUGGUGGUGAAGACAACUGUCCUGCUCAUCAUCCUGAAGAGGCAUCUGAAAAGAUUCUACACAAAUGUGGUGGUGUGCCAUUAGCUAUCAUCACAAUGGCUAGCUUGUUGGUGGGCAAAUCAAGAAACGAUUGGUUUGAGGUGUGCAACUCUCCUGGUUUCUAUGGUGGCAGAGACAACAGGCAGGUAGAUGAUACUGAGUGGAUAUUGUCCCAUAGCUACUAUGAUCUGCCUUCUCAUCUAAAGACCUGCUUAUUGUACCUAAGUGUGUAUCCCGAAGACUAUGAGAUUGAGAAAGAUUCUUUGAUAUGGAAGUGGGUAGCUGAAGGUUUUAUAGAGAAGAAAACAGGAACAAGCAUGUUUCUGCGGGGAGAGGAAUACUUCCAUCAGCUCAUAAACAGGAGCAUGAUCCAAGGGGUGGAGUCAGAAGUGGAUGGCAUCAUACAUCGCUGCCGUGUUCAUGACAUGGUCCUUGAUCUUAUUUGUGGUCUGGCACGCGAAGAAAGUUUUAUCACUAACUCAAAUGAGGAUGGAGGAACAUCAUCGCGACACAAGGUGCGCCGGUUAGCUCACCAGAACAGGAUACUACUGUUGGAUCAAUCUCAUCCUGACAGUCAUAGGGACACGACACAACUGAGGUCAUUGGUUGCCCAUGGGUGUGAUAUCUAUGGUUGGGUCUUGUCUCCGAGCCUUAAACUCUUACGUGUGCUAGCUUUAGAGAGGUGCAAAUCAUCUGAUAUUCAGGAGUAUGGCAAGCGCUGGCUUGAGCAUCUUGGAGAACUAGUUCAUUUGAGGUACCUAGGGCUACGAGGUACAAUGGUCCGAGAGCUCCCGGAGGCGAUAGGGGCUCUAAAGCUUCUACAGACACUUGACAUGCAGGACACCGGACUAGAUCAGCUGCCAUGGAGCGUUAGCCUGCUGACGGGGUUGGUUUGCCUACGAUGUGACAGCAGAUGGACGACGGUGCCGGAUGGGUUCCUCCAGAAGGUGAAGUCACUGGAGGAGCUAGAGAUAGGUGUUCGCAUGCUGUCUUUUGAGUCCCAGAGGCAAUUUUUGAAGGAGCUGGGCAAUCGGAGCCUACUGAGGGUGCUCCGUGUGAUUGGCAUGGGCAGGCUAGAUGAGAGCAUGCAGGCAGAACUUUUGAAGUCACUAGGCAAUCUGCAGGAGCUCCAGCAUCUGCAUCUGGAUCUGCAUUUUUGUUCGUUCAAUGAACGUAGCGCUGCCCCAACGGAGUGGGACAAAGCCAUUCUUUCGGAACAUCUCAGGCAUCUACGUAUACAAAUCAUCCGGUUCUCUUGUGUGCCAUCAUUCAUAAAUCCCACGCUUCUCCCCAACCUUCGCUACUUGUGGUUGUGUGUGGAUCAUAUGGACGAGGCAGGUCUGAGAGCCUUGGGUGGGCUGCCAGAUCUCCGUUACCUCUCCAUUUUACCGCCUGAUGGGAUGGCUUCUCAUGAGCAGGCUACGGUAGUUAAUAUUGCUGCCCAUGAUGUCUUCUUCCACAAGUUGAGAAUCCUCGUAUUGUUUGGAUGGAUGGUCCAGUUGGCGACCAACGGUGACUCGACUAGUGCUUCGUUGAGCAUUUGGAGGGGAGGACAGGAUGCUGCUAUGGUAUUUGAUUCCAAUUCUAAAGCAAAGGACGGGGGCUGCAGCAGCAGAGUAGCACCAACCCCUGUUGCUGUGAUGCCAAACCUCCACGCCCUUUGGUUCACUGUCCCAGUCAGGGUUUUGUACGAGUUCACCUGUGACAAUAAUCUCGGCUUGGACUUGGAGUGCCUCCCUUCGCUACGCAAUGUCCUGGCAUAUCUGGACUGUAAGGGUGCCUUCCCUGAUGACGUGAACAAGGCAGACGCUGAGCUCAGGCGCCUAGCACAACUCCAUCCCAAUAGUUCCGCACUCAUAUUCGACGUAUUUAAGGUUAAUGAUGAAGAUAUGAUGGCACGACCAAUACAUAGCGACGGUGAAGAGGAUGAGGUGACUGACGAGGAUGUCUCAGAAGCCUCAUUGUACCAUACAGCAGAGGAGGAUGAGAUGACAGAGGAGGAGGUCUCAGCAGCUUCACUAUCUGGCAGAGAAGAGGAGAAGAAGAGGAGGAGGCCUUGGCAAUCUCCCUGUCCGACAGAAAAGAGGAGGAUGAGGUAA